CGCGGGGUGGCGUCGACGCGCGCGCGCGCGGACGCGGUGGUGGACGUCGUGGGGGACGUCGUGGGCGACGCGGCGGGGACGACGCCGAACGGGGCGGUGGGCGUCAGACCGCGCGCGCGAUUUCAACGAAACGCCCAGCUCGGAGGAUGGAGGAAAAGGGCGAAAAAGGCGAGAAAGGCGGCGAAAAAGGCGGCGGAAGCGGCGAAAAAGAAGGCGGAAGAAGCGGCGAAAAAGGCGGCGGAAAAGGCGGCGGAGGCGAAGCGAAAGGCGGAAGAGUUGGCGAGGAGCCAGGUAGCGUCGAUGAAGCGCGAGCUCUCGACGAUUGAGAAGUAUCUCAGCGUCUUCAGUACAGCCAAGGGAAAGGCUGAGCAAGUUGUCGACGAUGUCGACGACCUGAUCAAACAGGUUGGAAAGUCGUCAGAUCUCUCCGAAAAAAUCGACGAAUUGACGAGCAAAGUGACUGGAUUUCCGGACGAAAUAGCGAAAAAGGUCAGUGGUUUCGUCGACGACGUCGUGGGCUCAAUUUUCGGUGGUGUCGAGGGAUUGGCGGACGAAGUCGGCGAGAUGUUUUCGACUUCGGGCGCGGCCGCGCUCGGCGUUCCGACGAAGGAUCACGAAGACCACGUCACACGCAUGCUCAGUCCAGAACACUUGGAAAAACUCUUACGAAAACAUUUACGAGAUGAAGAAUACGACGCCGGCGCACACACGCGAGCCCCCAUCUUGGGCGGCAGCCCUUUUGACGGAUGUUUGAGCAUUCCCAUCGAAAACGUGCUCCCCGCAGAUUUGUUGGGAGUGGGUUACGGCAUGCGCUGGCCAAAACACCUCUCAAACAGCUCAUUUGCCCCGGACAGUUUAAGAGCGGGGUUCCCUGAUCCGAAGUGGGAGACUUGUCUUCGAACGACGGGCAUCAAGAUAAGUGACGAUCUCGGUCCAGCGCUCUUCAACGUCUUCAAAGGUUUCUUCAUUCCGCUUUUCGACGCGGUGACCGACGGCGCGAAGGCAGCGGCUGUGGACUCGAAGAAAAAUAUAAUGAAGAAAAUGGGCACAAUCACCGACGAGCUCGAUCGGGCAGACCAAGCAGCAAAGACGAUCAAGAACAUCCUGGACAACGUCAAAAGUACCUUUCAAGGUCGAAGACGGCUGUUAACGCAACAAGACAUGACUCGCGAUAUGUUGAGUACCGUUCGGGUUGCCAGUCACGCCAGAGCGGACCACAUCAAGAGUCUCCACGCAAACGCGCUCGAUGACAUUGAGAGCUACGUUUUGCUCGAAAUGGCAAAGAUUCGCUCCACUCUCAUCGAAGACCCGUUCCUCGAAUCGGAAGUCACGAUGCAACGCUUUCCGUUGUAUGCUGCUCGCAUGAACCAAGCGCGUCUGGGCGGGGCUUUCAACAAGGCCGCCUCGAAUGCGCGUUCAGCGUUUGCUGAAGCGAUGCAAGCCAUGGCAGAAACUGAAAUGGGACUAGAGCUCGUAUCUGAGCUCAAGGUUGCACUCGAGAUGGAGGCGAAAGUAGAGACGUUCAAGACGGGAGAUUUGUUCGAUCUCGUCUCUGGUGGUUACAUACCCAAUCCCGUACAGUUCGACGUCACUUUCCCGCUGCCGCUCUUCCCGGCGUUUCAAAUCAAGAUCCGGCUCGACGCUUCUUUUGCCAUGCCGUAUUUCAUGCUCGCGGAGAUGGAAGGCAAGAUGGUAUUCACGGUGACGGCGUCGUCAAAUGCGGGUAUUAAGCUGAAAGAUCGCAAGCUGUCAACGGAGUAUAAGCCUCCGAGUCUCAAGUUUGAGCCACAAAUCGACACAAAGAUUGAAGCACACGCUCAGAUAGGAUUCAACGUUGAAUUCGAAGAGCAGUACCUCGCUCUGUGCUUUGGAAGUUUUGUGUGCGCGGGUCCGCAGUCCGUUAUCACACAAAACAUAUACGCGGGCAGCGACGCGUACGCGGCCUAUUCGAAUCAAGGAACGUACGACAGUUGCCUUCUUCAGGCGAAAUUCGCGGAAUCGUUUGAAUAUUCUGACGAUUACAAGAAAAAGCGAUGCGGAAAAGCCGGCGGUCUUUCCUACGGUUUCGGUGCUUACUUUCAAGUACCGAAGACGCAAAUCGAGUCCAAGCUCCUCAUCGAGCUCAGUGAGUCGUGUCCAAACUUGCUUCCGUCGCCGGUUAUUGCGACCUUUCCGGACGAGAACGAUCCAAAUCCAAACUUUUUCCUCGCCGAGUUUUGA